AUGGCGGACGAGAUUCCCGAGGAAUACAUAGCCAACUAUGAGCAAUUCCGUGAUAUCCUCUCGUCCUUCCUGAUCGAGCGCAUUGCGGCCCCCUUGUCCAAGCCGAAGCCGAAGCCGAAACGGCGCUCCAAGAAACCCAGCUCUGGCCCCACCAAAUCCCAAGCAGACAACGCCGAAGCAGAACCCUCCGCAGAUGACCUCGCCGAAUUCACCUCCUAUAUCGCAACGGCCGUCUUCCUCGCCCUCCCGCCGGACCUGCAAUCCCUGACCCACCACGCCUGGGCCGACAACCCGUCGCUGCAAGCCCUCUACACACCGCUGCCCCUCUCCGCCGAGCGCACCGCCGCCCUGCUCCAAACCCUCGACCCCUCCAUCGCCGACUCCCUCGCAGCCUACGGCCUCACCAGCCCCCCCUCCCCAUCCCCCUCCUCCUCCCCUCUCACACCCUCCUCCCAUAGCACCCUACUGGCCCUGUCCCUGCCCUCAACAGCAGAAUUCCUCGCCCCAGUACUCACAGCGUACCUCACGGCAACCACCACCCCGCCGCCGCCCCCGUGCUCGACCCGCGCGCAGGUCACAGCCUGCGAGCUGUGCGCCCGCGCCUGGGUCCCGCUGACAUACCACCACCUGGUGCCGCGCAUGGUGCACGAGAAGGCGGUGCGGCGCGGGUGGCACCGCGCGGGGGAUCUGCAGAACGUCGCGUGGCUGUGCGCCGCGUGCCACCGGUUUGUGCACCGCUUCCGCGGGCAUGAGGAGUUGGCGAGGGAGUUUUAUACCGUCGAGAGGCUGCUGGCGGCGGAGGAGGUGCAGCGGUUUGUGGGGUGGGUGGGGAGGGUGAGGUGGAAGAAGCGGUAG